AUGCCCGACUCGUCCGACGAAGGCGUGGGCUAUCUCUCCGACGACCGCGCUUCCACCGGCUCCUCUGGCUCCUCUUGCUCCUCGUCCGAAUCCUCGUCUCCGCCACGGCCGUCGGGCCCUGUGCCGCAAAAUUUCUUCGCACCGCCCUUUUACGGGCGUCCGCCGACGCCGCUCCCUCCAUCGCCGUCGCUGACGUCGCUGCUGCGGCCGUCGCGGCCGACGACGCCCGACGCGUCGGACGACGAGCACCAGCACCGUCUGGCGGCGGCGGCCACCAGUCCGGUGCCGCACGCGGCGCCGCGCGUGCCGACGUACGAGUACUACGGCUUCGUGCUGUACCUGCUGAGCAGCCUGGUGUUUCUCAUCUACCUGCUGUGGAGCUACCUGCCGUCGCCGUUUUUGCACGGGCUGGGCAUCUACUACUACCCGGACCGGUGGUGGGCGCUGGCGACGCCGGCGUUUCUCGUCAUGACGCUGUGCUACAUUUACGUGGCGCUGGCGAGCUACAACCGCGAGAUCUUGACGCUGCCGCUGCACCGCGUCGAGACGAUUGUGGACGACGCCGGCCAGAUGGCUGUGGUGGACGCCAAGGGCCGCCUCAAGGGCAGCCAGAGCCGCGCGAGGAAGCUCGACGCCCGCGGCGGGCUGAGGUGGCGCGAGGUCUGGAGCGAGGGCACGGAUGCGGUGCUGGACAUACCGCUGUCGGGCGUGUGCGAGGUGCUGUACGGCGAGGGGAGGGAUGUGGAUGAGGGCGAGGAGGACCUGUGGACGACUUGA